GUACGUCCUCCCUCGUCGAAAAUAAAACUCCCUUGUUGUUCCUCUUUUUUCGUCAAUAGCUGCUCUUUUCGUGUGUGCCGUGUCUUGACGGGAAGUUGAGCGGCUGUUGUGUGACACUGUCAGCCCUCCUCGGCGGGCUGUAAGCCUGACGACAGCGAGCCCUCACUGAGAAUCAAGAAGAGGAAGUGGCGCUUAAAAAAAUAGGAAAGCUUCUCUGACAGAUGCGGGGGCACGGGUGAACAAACAAUUUUGGGAAUUAAACAUUGCCCAGUGUUUCUUCUUCUGUUUCCCCCAGUGACGUGUAUGUGCGGCCCUUUCCUUUCCUUUCCUGUGCGGCCCCUUCCGCUCGUCCCCCUCCUUCUACCUCAAAACUCAAAUCCACGCCUUCCGUGCGCGCGCUCUGGAGCGAGUUCGGGAGCGCGCCCCGACUUGUGCUGCAUGUGGAAGACUACUGAACGCAGCUCGAAACAUUCUUUCAGUGUGGCCAUGGUCACUAUUGGCAACAGGGGACGCUCUGACGUGUUCCAGUAAGAGUAUUUAAUUUCAUGCCCCCAAGAGAUGAAUACGACUGUGGCGCUGUCUGAAAGUCACUCACUCAUCAAUUCAAGGUCCACCAUAUUUUUCCAUUUAUUUAUUCAUCUUCAGGGCUGCUGGGGGAGCUGAAUAAAAAGCUCAAUAGUUAUGGGGUGUGGGCUGAUUCUCUGGACAGUUCUCCAUUAUUACAGGGUCAUAUAAGACAAAAAACAUUCACACCUAUGAUCCAUACUGGUUGAAAAGAAUCAGAAAAAUAAUCUGCAACAACAACAACAACAAUAAUAACGUGUGCAAACAUAAAACAACAAUAACAACAGUUUAAACAUUUAUAUUUACAGAGGACUCGACAUGUUUCGGAGAUUUCAGUCUUUCAGACAACAUAGAUUCUUUGGAGUCUUAAAAUUACUCAAGGAGAAAGAUAAGCACAAGUAGAAAAGUAGUGGAGUGGAAUGUGGCUAUAGUAUAUAUAAUAUUUUGCAGGAUUAAGGCCCAAUAAACCUAAUCCUAGAUGUAUAUUAAAUAAUAAUAAUACAUUUUAUUUCAUAGGCGCCUUUCUGUCACCCAAGGACACCUUCCAAUGAAUACAAAGAUAACAAUACAACAAUAAAAACAAUAAAAGAAGAACAGGUUAAAAUACGAUAGGAAUGGAAUUGAAUCUAUCUUGAAUCAAUCUUGUUCUUACAGAGAGAGGAGGCUGCAAUAAAAACCACCUGUUAACAAAAGGAACAGGGUUCCUCUCUAUGCCAGCUUUAUUCCACCUUGACCACAACCACAUUUGGUUGCACCAUAAAGGACAUAAAAAUGCAUCAAAUCAGCAUGUGGACUACUGCAGUGGCUACUCCUGAUAAAGGGAUGAGUCAAAGAUGAUACAUUCAAUUUCUUCUCAUUUAUUUAUUUCACAUGUUCCCCCACACUCUCAGGCAUCAACGGUAAAAUUAAGGAUGAAGGAAACAACAACAUGCAUUUCCACCACUCACUGUUGUUAAACCCUACUGGGGCGUGUCCUUGAGUGGGAUAAAGCAGGACAAUAAUGCUAGCUCACUGUGGCAACCAGUGCCUUGGUAACAGAGACUCAUCUGUGUGCGGUGUGUGGGUUCAGCUUAAAGGGCUGAGGGGGGCACUGAGCAAACAUGGCUCCGAAGAAAAAGACCAAAAAGUCCACCAAAAAGAUUCAAGAACAAAAAGUUGUUGACAACGACCUGGAGGCAAAGUACAGACGCAGUGUUCUGGAUGUAGCCAUUCUACAAGAUCACAUUGCUCUACAGAGCCAGUCCAUACAAAUGGUCCAGUCUGACAGAACUGACCUGAGGAGCCACAUGAGAGAACUGGAGCAGAAGCUGGAGAAGGAGAGAGAAGACCACAGGGACGUCUUUUCAGAGCAAAGCCGUCGGUACAAAACCAUGGAGACAGAGCUGACUGGCAAAGUGAGGAGUCUGGAGUUGGAGGUGACACAGCUAAAUGAAGAACUCGCCAGAUGUCAAGAGGACCUGAGGAGAGAGAAAGACGAGCGUCAACAGAUGAGACAGGAGAAGGACACGACACUAGCUGAGCUCCGACACAAACUGUAUAACAUGGAAACAGACUAUGAGAAGGUCCUGCACGACACUCUAGACAGUCUGACAUCCCAGCUGUCUGUGGCUCGACAAGGGUGGGAGGACAAGAGCACAACCCUUCAUCACAGUUACAAGGGGCUGCUAUCAAACCCCGUCCCCAACGCCCCGGACAUCUAACAGACAGGCUCCAAACACGUUACCUUUUAUGCUUUCAUUAUCCAUUAUUUACCACCAGAAUACCAAACAGCCCGAGGUACAGUAUCUGCCCUUGUAGGUCAAUCUAACCGUGUAUUCCCUGUAAUGCUGGGUAAUGUCCACUAGAUGUAGCACAUGACUCUUGAUGCUCAGUGAGACAGUGACCUCUGUCCAUUAGCCACAGAGAAAAUCUGUGACUGUAACAGUGUGUUUGCUCUUUUAUGUCAGAUCAAAGAAAUAAUUAUAAUAAAUAGGAUUAAAUUACUGUCAUAAAACAGAGGAAUUUGCCUAAAAGCUGAGAAAUGUCUGAGAAAGGUCAACCCAGUGGCCUCAUCGCCACCAUUAUUACAUUUAAAAAAAUGUUUUAUUCAAAGCACACAAACAAGAUGACACACAGAGUAACAAUAAUGUUCAAUAGGAGUUGGACUAAAUUAACAAUAAAAACUGAGAGUUACAGUGGUGAGAAGUGAUAGGAAACACAACGAUGUCUCAAAGCAUGAAAAGAAAUUUGCUAAAUGAAAAGAAAGAUAAACUAAUUUUAUUCCAUUGAUGGCAAUUUCUGCAGCCUCUCAUCUGUGAUGUAAUGAAUCAUUUACUCUGGGAAUUACGUUAAUUACAGCCUCUAACAACCAAUUAACACCAGAGCUUAAAGAUGUUUCCACUCUGAGAUGCCGUUAUCUGUAAGUCAAUUUCUUUUUCUCAAACCACAAAGCUGUGUUGCCUUCAGACAGGUGUCUGUCUGUGUGUGUGUGUGUGUCUGUUUACUAAGAGAUUGAUGAUACAGUCUACAGCAGGGCCAGUCAACACAUUUGCAUGGUGUAGCUGAUGGUUGGGAAUAAAAGACUUACAAAACAAAAAUCCACCGCCUGCAGGAAAACCUAUUGAGUAAAUCUGAAAGCACGAGAAUGGGGACAUCCAUCUUCUGCAGCUUCUACGGCUGCAGAAAAUCACA